GAAAUCAUCUUUCUUUCUUCUCUUUCUGCUCUCAGUUUUCUGCUCUCUGCAGCUCUCUUUGCUCUCUCAAAGAUGGACUACAAAACAGAAAAUGGUGCACUCCAACUUCCUCUCUCUUUCUCACUUCCGUAUGCUAACAUUCAUCCAUCAUCAACACCCAAUAAAAAAUUCAAAAACAUCAUCAUGACCAUCAACUUUUCUUUUCAACAAACAUAAUCAUGAUGCCUCCUCAUCAUGAUGUCUUUCACCUUUUUUAUUUUGGUUUGUUUAUUAGCCGAAAGUUGUUUUGUUUUGUUGUCCACUUGGCCACUUGGCCACAAUUCAACAUCCAGAUCUUAGAGAUGCAAGCGAGUGGUCUUGAAGGCCCACUUCCAUCUAGUCUCUCUGCCUUGAAUAAUAUGACAUAUCUAAGGAUUAGUGACUUAAGCGGUGAGAGUUCAGCUUUUCCAAACUUAUCAAACAUGACGAGCAUGGUUAAAUUGAUGUUAAGGAGCUGCAAUAUAACAGGAGAAAUCCCUGAAUAUAUCUCUACCAUGAGAAAUCUGACUGAUUUAGAUCUUAGCUUCAACAGAUUGGAAGGGAGCAUUCCCGAUCUUGAAAAUAUUAUUCAAUUGUCCACAAUAUAUCUGACAAGAAACUUGCUUACUGGUCUUCCAGCGUGGAUUAAAAAUAGAGGCAGUAGCUUCAAUAUAGAUCUUUCUUACAAUAAUUUAUCUCAGAACUCUGUCCCAGAUACUUGUCAGAUACCUUCAAUUUGUUCAGAAGUUUUUCCAGCCGGAACAAUUCGAUACUUAGCAAAUGCCUCCUUCCAUGUUCAAAAGAUCGGUACUCGUUACAUCUAAAUUGCGGUGGAAAUCAAACCACAGUCGGAAACAUCAAGUAUGAGGCAGAUGACGCCCCAGGAGGUGCAGCAAAGUUUUUUCAGAACUCAGCAAAUUGGGGAUUUAGUAGUACUGGUGAUUUGGCUGAUGUUGAGACCUAUGGCAAAGACUAUAUCGCUAAUAAUAUUUCGAUACUCAGAA